AGCUUGCAAGAUGCUGAUCCAAAUCUAUUCGCAAAUACAAAAGCCGUAUAUUCGUAGAUCGUGGGGGUUGCUGGGCCAUAGUCCUGGUUGUGGGUAUCGUGGUAUUCGCUAUUUCCGAGACUCCAUUGUUCUACCAGCGAUUCAGACGCGUCGCGAUCAUCCACUCAUCACCCGUGGCAUAAUUCUAGCCUGCUACUUCUUCACCCAGUUCUUCCAUCGUUCUCACCGUUUUAUGCAGUUUGCUGUUCCCGCUAUUUCUUAUACUGUGCCAUGCAUCGAUCCGUCUUCGCGACUUCAUGUCGAAGGUGACAUAAAUAGCUGAGAAACUCGGUCUCCGCACCACUGUUACGGAACGCUUUUCGGAGACAUUUGGUAUUGCCUUGAAAGCAUGAUACUAGCCCGAUGUUUCGACCCCUUGCAAUCAUCGCCUUCAAUUUACGAAGAAUAUUUAUGAGGAUCUAUAUGGUAUCGAAUCUCUGAUUGUGAUUUUUCGCUUUCCUACUUUUCUUUACUUGUACGUUCUCAAGUUUUGAUUCAAAAUCCCAUUUCAUAUCUGAGCACGAAUUGUCCUCAGAAUUCUGCACAUUAGGAAGUUAGAAGCAUAAAUGAGAGGCUGCACUGGCCAUCCAUAUUGACGUUCAAUUGCCAUUCCUCAUUUUCCAUACUUCCUUCCCGUUUUUCCUUGAGUAAGAGAAAUGAAAUAUGAGAAAUAAUGUCUUUUCGUUGUUACCGGCUGAAGUUCUGCUAAUAAAAUGGUG